ACCGGUAUAAGGUCUGCGACACACAGCAUUAAAAUUCACACCAGUCUUGGGAUACAUUUUUGUAAACAGUAUCCUAUUAUUAUUAUUUUAAGAAUCUUUUGUACUUAAUUGAACGCGUCAAAAAAGAGAAAGCGGUUUCAUUUUUACUGAAUGUAUUUAUUUUUAACCAAUAAUAGAUGAUGGAGCAGGAAACCGACGAAGGAGAGAAUCGUUUGCAGGACAGUCACAGUCACAGUGAGGUGAAAGAGGAGAAGCUGGCUGAUGAGACAGCUCCAGAUGCCGAGGAGGAAGAUGAGGAGUCUCUUCCACAUUCAGAGAUCCUUGAUAUCUUCGAAGAGGGACUUGCUCGACUUGUGCAGGACCCUUUACUGUGUGAUCUGCCGAUCCAGGUGACUUUGGAAGAAGUAAACUCCCAGAUUGCAUUGGAGUAUGGGCAAGCAAUGACUGUGAAGGUUGUUAAGGCAGAUGGGGAAAUCAUGCCUAUAGUGGUGGUGCAAAACGCCACAGUUCUUGAUCUUAAGAAGGCCAUUCGCAGAUUCAUGGAGCUUAAACAGCAACGAGAAGGUGGAGUGAAACAUGUCAGCUGGAGAUAUGUUUGGAGGACGUAUUAUCUGGUAUUUCAGGGGGAAAAGCUUGAAGAUGACUCAAUUAGGCUCAAAGAUUACGGCAUUAGAAACAGAGAUGAAGUGAUGUUUAUGAAGAAACUCAGGAAGAAGUGACUCAUCCAUUUGCCAAUUCAGAAGAAAGAAGUUUUCCCAACAUAAUUAAACUUGUUUUUAAAAUAAACCAUAACUUUAAGAUAUAUAAUACUUGUUUUGAACAUCUCUUAAAGUAAAAUCUACUUGUAAUUACUUGUUUGGAACUGUUUCUUCUUUUAAAAGGCUCAAAUGUAAAACCUUUUUUUUUUUUAAAUGUUUUGUUUUAAAUGGAUAGAUAUGAAAUAUGUCAAUAAAUAGCAUAUCAUUUA